CCGCCCCCCUCGCCCGCCGCGCGCUAGCUCUGCGGACUGAAGAUGGCGGCCGCCGCGGGAAGGUUACUCCGGUCCUCGGUGGCCAGACAUAUCAGACAUAUCAGUGCCAUCCCAUGGGGCUUGUCUGCCUCCCCGGCCUGUAGGCCCACCACCUCUGGAAGAAAGUUUUUGACAAAUGUGUUGUGGGCUGAGUCCCUGCAAGCAAGAUGCGCCUUCAGCACCAGUUCCUCGUACCUCGCCCCUGCCGUCACGCAGCAUGCCCCCUAUUUUAAGGGAACAGCCGUCGUCGGCGGAGAGUUCAAAGAGUUGAGCCUCGAUGACUUUAGGGGGAAAUACUUGGUGCUUUUCUUCUACCCUUUGGACUUCACCUUUGUGUGCCCCACAGAAAUCGUCGCUUUCAGUGACAAAGCCAACGAAUUUCACGACGUCAACUGCGAGGUGGUGGCCGUCUCGGUGGAUUCGCACUUUAGCCACCUGGCCUGGAUCAACACCCCUCGGAAGAACGGCGGUCUGGGCCACAUGAACAUCCCGCUCCUGUCGGAUUUUACAAAGCAGAUUUCCCGGGACUACGGCGUGCUCUUAGAAAGCCCCGGCCUGGCCCUGAGGGGUCUCUUCAUCAUCGACCCCAAUGGAAUCAUCAAGCACUUGAGUGUCAAUGACCUCCCAGUGGGCCGGAGUGUGGAAGAGACCCUUCGCCUGGUGAAGGCCUUCCAGUUUGUGGAGGCCCAUGGAGAAGUCUGCCCAGCCAACUGGAAACCCAACUCGCCAACGAUCAAGCCCAGCCCAACUGCUUCCAAAGAAUACUUUGAGAAGGUCAACCAGUAGGUCCUCCCCAGCGCAACUGUAGUGCCAGAGAAGAGCCACAUGCCGGAGCCCCCAUGAGCAUUUCAGAGAUGAUUGUUGAUAGACAGGGAAAAAAGAAAAGGAGUCACUAGCUACAAAUUUUGUUUUCACAACAUUGGCUAAAGCGUCUUAAAUACGGCUAGUUGUGAACAUAAGGCGUCUUCUUUGUAUCGUCUUGAUGGCUUGCUAGAGUGCCUGUUUCCCCUUCUUGGAUCAUGUUUUCGUGGGAAAAGGACACGCUCGGCCUUCUUACUGUGACCUUUGUGCAGACACCCGCAGUAAGCAGUGCAACAAACUUCUUCUGAUCAAGGUUCAGAAAUUGUCUUUGGGAAUUUCUUUGUAUCAAACCCAACCUUCUUUUUAAGCAGCAAAGAUCACAGCUUUCAGUGGUUAGCAUCGGCGAUCUUGAACCCUCGUAUUGGACGUGUCUGUAUGUGUUGGGAACCAAUGUGAAUCGUGUUUUGAAGAAAACACUUCUGGUGACCUCACUGAUCCUGCACGAUUCCCACCCCUGGAUCAUGUUCCAUGAUGAUUUGACUUACUUUAUUCAUGAAUUGACUGUCUGCAGAUGUUGAUUGGGAGGCUAUUUAUUGUGUCACAGAUUGCAUUUUGAAAUCAUUGUACUUAUUCUCUCUCUUGAAGUGCUCAAUGUAGAGUAUAAUAAAAAUAAACAUAUUUUAAAAAUA